UACACGUUGGCCAAAACUAGUUAGCAGAAAAACAAGCGCUCAACCAGACGUUGGUGUUCCGCUAAGAUCCGACCAUUUCAGUCCUCUCACAGUCACAGUUGCCUCAAUCUCUCUCACACACGAGCACGCACGCCACCACAAACCACUACCAUGCGCCAACUCAGCGCCAACGAUCUAUCGCGGCGGCGAGGGAUGAGACACGUUAGACGCCGAUGACGGUGUAUGCACUGGCGUCGUCAAAAAAACGCCGGCCAGUGGCUGUGCCGCGCCACCUGCGUAUUCCAGAGCACACCACCGAUCCUGUGCACUGAUCGCCAUGUCAAGAUUUUGGACCUCUGGAAAUGUGAGGAGGGUUGCACAUUCCCUCCACCCAAAUCGGAAGAGAGGCGGCUUAGAACUAAAUGGUGAUGGGCCAUUUAAUGUACUUGGGCCUUGUUCCUUCCUACGCAGGAAAUUCUCACUAUAUAAAUUUUCUUUUAGAGAACCUUCCCCUUUUACUUUAUAUAAAGCAAAAGAGAGUUUAUUGCACAGUAGUGGUUCCAGAAACUUCUACUGCCUUUCAGCAAGUAAGACAAUUUCUCACCAGGUGCAAAUUGCUUGGAAAAGGUUUUCUCAAGUAUGUUCCUACAGUGGGCCAGCUUUACAACCAAUAUAUGGGAUUGCAUGUGCAGUGAGCCUUGCUUUGACCCGAUCAAAUCUAGUUGUCCCUGGUGUUAUUGCUAUCAUAAUCGGAGAGCUUGCUUGGACACAACAAACAUGGGCAGAAGCAGAAUACUUGCCAACAAGGGAUACAUUUUAUAUGCAUGCCCAAGAUGGACAUGUUUAUUUGACCUUGCUUGUGUAUUCAGUUCUGGAGGGUUUUAUCUUGUUUCUUAGAGCUAUUUAUUUAGCAAUUUUGUUCUCACCUUGCAUUGCUAUGGCUCCGUUUGUGGAUUCCCUUGGUGUUGAAUUUAGGAAAAGAUGGCUCCACAUCGUUCAUCUUACACUUGAAAAGGCAGGUCCAGCAUUCAUAAAAUGGGGUCAAUGGGCUGCAACAAGACCAGAUCUCUUCCCCAGAGAUUUGUGCACCGAACUUGCAAAACUUCAUAGCAAUGCACCAGCACAUGGUUUUGCAUUCACCAAAAACAGCAUUGAAAGGGCAUUUGGUAGAAAUCUGCAUCAAAUCUUUGAAAACUUUGAUGAGAAACCUGUGGCAUCAGGAAGUGUUGCUCAAGUUCAUCGAGCUACACUGAAAUACAGAUAUCCUGGUCAGCCAAUCAAACCUGUUGUUGUUGCUGUGAAGGUUCGACAUCCGGGUGUUGGUGACACAAUUAGAAGGGAUUUUAUGAUAAUUAAUUUUGUGGCCAAAGUCUCUAGGUUCAUCCCUUCUUUGAAAUGGUUCAGAUUGGAUGAAAGCAUACAACAAUUUGGUGUCUUCAUGAUGUCUCAGGUUGAUCUUUCAAGGGAGGCUGCUCAUUUGAGUCGUUUUAUCUAUAAUUUCCGAAGAUGGAAGGAUGUCUCAUUCCCAAAGCCUCUAUAUCCCCUGGUGCACCCCUCUGUUUUAGUGGAAACUUAUGAACAAGGUGAAAGUGUUCUACAUUAUGUUGAAGAGCUUGAAGGCCAUGAACAAAUUAAAAGCGCCCUUGCUCAAAUUGGAACUCAUGCACUCUUAAAGAUGCUUUUGGUAGAUAAUUUUAUUCAUGCGGACAUGCAUCCUGGAAAUAUUCUUGUCCGAGCAACACAUAGCAAAACAUCACAUAAACAAAUUUUUAGAUCGAGGCCUCACGUCAUUCUCCUUGACGUAGGCAUGACUGCUGAACUUUCUAAGAAAGAUCGAGUGAAUCUACUGGAUUUCUUUAAGGCUGUUGCUCUACGAGAUGGUCGCACUGCUGCAGAAUGCACACUUAGAUUGUCUAAACAACAAAACUGCCCAAAUCCGAGGGCUUUCAUUGAGGAAAUGGAGAAAUCUUUCAGUUUCUGGGACUCCCAAGAAGGUUACGUUGUCCAUCCUGGUGACUGCAUGCAGCAAUUGCUUGAGCAAGUUAGGCGUCAUAAAGUCAACAUCGAUGGCAAUGUUUGUGCUGUGAUGGUAACCACUUUGGUGCUUGAGGGGUGGCAGCGGAAGCUUGAUCCAGACUACGAUGUGAUGCACACAUUGCAGACAUUGCUAUUUAGAGUGGACUGGGCAGAGUCUCUCUUCUACACAAUUGAAGGACUCAUGGCACCUUAAAAGAAUGGAGAAGAAUCUGUCAAGGAUGUCAAGGAUGGUACUGGUAGAAUGGAGAAGAUCUCCAUUGGGGAGAUAUUUUGCUUUGAGUUGAGAGACCCAAAGGAUGUCAUGGUUGGAAAGGAGUUUUCAGCCCAAUUUGGCAAUGAGAGCCUGUUCAUCUCCUUCACGGUCCAGAGGCCAAGUCCACCCAAAGGGGAGGGAAACAAAUUGAAUUCCAGGACUUGAGGGUCUAGUUUCUGUAUUUUUCCCUAGGAAAGCCCUAUCAAAAGUCCUUAAACAGUUUAUCUAGACUGCAACAUAGGCUAGAAGGCAACAAAAAGGUGCUUAUAAGCCUCAUAGCUCUAAAAAGGGGGAGCUGUCAAGCUAGACGUUUUAGAUUCAUGUUUUUUCAAUCUAAAAUGCAUUUCUUGAUCCCCUUUAAUGGUUGGGCCAGCCACUCUACAAAUACAGUG